UGACAAGCAAGCACGCUGGCUCUCUAGCCGGAAGUAGUUUACAAGUUCAGAGAGGAAGAUACUGUAUUUCACAUGUUUGAUUCACAAGUGUGUGUAUAGCUAAAUGUCUUUGGUUUAAAUGUGUUUAGAUUUGUUGUUUUUGAUACAAGUCUAAUACAAUGUACCCGGAGCUAGACAAGUGUCCAAGAAGUUUACUUGUUUGCGAGAAAUCGAACUUUGAGCAUGAAAAGUCUAGACACGACACUCACGUGUCAAAACAUUAUUUUAACCACAAGGUGUCGGUUGUAAUACCGGGAUGUGGUGCCCUUUCUUCCCGGCUGGCCACUGUCAUAAACAAUUUCAGCAAGUAUUUUCUGGUGAAUAAUUUACCAGUCUAUGAGUUUUUGGAUAAAGACUUCUUGAAGAAUGUUGUGUGGGAUGGCGCUCUCUAUGCUCUUUCCUACAAGACAAGCAUUGACCAGGAUAACACCAUUGCACUUCUCCCUAGCGGUCAGCUGAUCCUCUCUGUGGAUAAGGACACGUAUGAACAGCUGGGUGUGGAGGGAAAGCCGUCACAGUACAAUCACAGACAGCCCAUGAGAUAUGUCGUGACCAUUGACCUGACGGACAAAUCCAUGGCGCCGGAAGGGAAGCGCUACCAGCGAGUUCUCUCCAGCCUUAAAGAAAGGGUGCCUCUGAAAAGCGACUUCCUGCUAGGACGGCACAAUUCGGAAACUCAAGGGGCGGAUGGGGAUAGAGCGCUGCAGAGUCUCCUGUCCCGUUACCAGUGGAAAGAGCACAGACCAGUGGUCAGUAGCCACACCCUGAAGGAUCUGCCAUGUCCAUCCCUGAACGCUUUGGACCUGCGCGGGGACCAGCGGUCUUGUGACCCCCACAGCUUCCUGGAGUGGCUUGGAGCAGUGAGCGCUGGUGUCAGUUGUGACAAUACAGCAGCCAGCUUCCUUUCAACAUACGUCUGUCCAGAGCCCCAAACACUGGUGAGCCAAGCCCUGCAUUGUACAGUGUCCGGCCUGCUGCUGCCCGAAGACAUCUACUCUCUGCUGCAGGAACUGCAGCGGUUCUUUGACGAACCCAAAAUCACGUCCUGGCUGUCACUGACUGUACACGGCUUCAUGGACAGUCCCGUUUCCUGGGGAGAUGCAGAACACGGGUUUCACAAGGGUGGUGAAAACUUCUACAACCUCGUCCUCUUCAAGAACCAGGACUACUGGUUGCACAUGGGCACUGGCUCCCAUGAUAGAUGUCCCCCAUGAUGACCACAAAACAAAAGUUUUUUUUUUGUUUUUUUUUCAGCUUGGUUUUUUUAGGAAAAUAAGGUAUUGUGUACAAAACUGUUCACAAAAUGUACUGCUUAUCAAUUGUGAUGUUUCUAAAGAAAUCUACUAAUUUGCUCAGUCUUAAUUUUUGUCUUUGCCAUCUUCAAUAAAAAUAAUUGAGUCCAACUGAAGUGCUCAUA